AUGAACACUGACAGCCCCGGAUUGGUCCACGUUAUCGCUGCAAGAGAGUUCAAGACAUUGCGCUUGGAGUCUCGCGUGUCUCAUAAAGUAAAUCCUAAGGUGGUCCCUUUGAACGUCCAGCGCAACCCCUCACGAGACCCCGGGCUGGGCGAUAUCUUUCCUACUCCCAAUGGGCAUCAAAGCAUGCAUCUGGUCAUUAAUUGGUAG